GACUCUGUCCUCUGGCCUUUGAGUCCUGGGUGGGGUACACACGCUGGGUAACCGCUCCUCCGCGAGGGGCGGUGGCGCACCUUGGACUUCACCAUGGAGGACUACCUGCAGGGUUGUCGAGCUGCUCUGCAGGAUCUGAGAUCUACUCUCUUUCUUUGAGGUCAACUUUUUUGCUUCCAUAUAUAGAAGCAGAGUGAGAUAGAAGUUCAAAAAUAAACUGGAGUCCAGACAUCUACAUGUUGUACUGGGAAAUGAAGCCUGUGACUUGGACUCCAUGGUGUCUGCUCUUGCUCUAGCUUUUUAUCUGACAAAGACGAAUGAAGCUGAGGAAGUCUUUAUACCAGUUUUAAAUAUAAAACGUUCUGAGCUACCUCUACGAGGUGACAAUGUCUUCUUCCUUCAGAAGAUUCAAAUUCCCGAAACUAUCUUGAUUUUUCGGGACGAGAUUGAUCUCCAUGCAUUGCACCAGGCUGGCCAACUUACCCUCAUCCUUGUUGACCAUCAUGUCUUACCCAAAAGUGAUGCAGCUCUAGAAGAGGCCAUAGUAGAGGUGCUUGACCAUCGACCCAUCGAGCAGAAACACUGCCCUCUUUGCCAUGUCUCUGUUGAGCUUGUGGGGUCCUGUGCUACCCUGGUGGCUGAGAGAAUCCUGCAGGGGGCACCAGAGAUCUUAGACAGGCAAACUGCAGCCCUUCUGCAUGGAACCAUCAUCUUGGACUGUGUCAACAUGGACAUUAAAAUUGGAAAGGCAACCCCAAAGGACAAUGAAUACGUGGAGAAACUGGAGGCCCUCUUCCCAGAUCUGCCUAAGAGAAAUGACAUUUUUGAUUCUCUACAAAAGGCAAAGUUUGAUGUAUCAGGGCUGACCACUGAACAGAUACUGAGAAAGGACCAGAAGACCAUCCAUAGGCAAGGUACCAAAGUGGCCAUUAGUGCAGUAUACAUGGAUCUGGAGGCCUUUCUGCAGAGGCCCAACCUGCUUGCAGAUCUCGGUGCUUUCUGCCAGGCUCACAGCUAUGAUGCUCUGGUCGCCAUGACUAUCUUUUUCAACACUCAUAAUGAGCCAGUGCGACAGUUGGCUAUUUUCUGCCCCCAUGUGGCCCUUCGAAUGAUGAUCUGUGAAGUCCUGGAACGCUCUCAUUCCCCACCUCUGAAGCUGACCCUUGUCCCAAACACCCACCCUAACCUCCAAGCCUAUCUUCAAGGCAAUACCCAGGUCUCUCGAAAGAAACUUCUGCCUCUGCUCCAGGAAGCCCUGUCAACAUAUUUUGACUCCACAAAGAUACCUUCAGGGCAGCCUGAGACAGUGGGUGUGUCCAGGGAACAGGUGGACAAGGAUUUGGACAGGGCAGGCCACGCUCUGAUUUCUGGACUAAGUCAAGAUGAGGAGGAUCCUCCACUGCCCCCCACACCCAUGAACAGCUUGGUGGAUGAGUGCCCUCUGGAUCAGGGGCUGCCUAAGCUCUCGGCUGAGGCAGUCUUUGAGAAGUGCAGUCAGAUCUCACUGUCCCAGUCUACCACUGCCUCCCUGUCAAAUAAGUAACUCUUGGGAAAGGAAGAGAUAGUGGGAGAGGUUGCUUGACCCACCUCAAAUGCAUGUUUUGAGAUGUUUGGAGAUGUCAGCAGUCAUGUGUUCAUUGCUCCAGGAUCUGGUGUACUGUUCUCAUAAUGGGAGGAGAAAGAAGGGAAAAAAAGUAGCUGAUUCACUAAUGGCUUUCUGCCUUUCCCUCAGUCUCUAUCCAACAAGCUGUAUUAUUUAAUUUUAUUAUUUAAAUCUGCACUGGCUUUCCUCUUCAUUUGUCAGGGCAUAAUGUGAUAUACCCACUGUCUUAGCAGAGAGGGACAAGAAGAAUAUAGACCCUAAAAGGACCCCCAGUAAGGAUCUUGAACAGAACCAAUAUCUGUCAUGGAACCAAAUGUUCAUUCUCUGCAUGAAUUCACUUAUUCAGUGUUUAUUGAAGACCUGUUUUAAGCUAGAUAGAAAAGAGUGUGCUUAGAAAAUUUAUUUCAGUUUUUAGCCUUCAGCAGAUUUCAACUCUGUGACUCUUCUUUCUGCCCACCCAUUAGGUGAUGGUGUGUGUUUCAGAGAUGACUAAAUUUCUAUUUUGAGCUUAUUGUGACUGUUUUAGAUCUUAAUUUGGGAACAAGUUGGAGGCCAUUGUCAUCUGUCCUGAUUAGGUGGCCUGGCUCUUUUUCUUUAGAUCCUUCUGUUCCAGAGCCACAGGAAUCCUGAAAACUCACUGAAGACACCUACUUUUUUUUUGCAUUCAGGAGGCACCGAGGAAGGUCCUAAGACCUCAUAGACACUUUCCCUAAAGAUGGCAGAAGUGGAAUGAGAACUCUGGGUCUCUCCUUUGCCUUAGUGGGUCUAUGAAUUUCUUGUCCAUCUUGUUCUCUUUUUGUUCAUGUUAAAAGAAAGCAUGGAGUUCUGAUACUGCCAUAAAUUGUGAAUCUUGGCAAGACACUGUACUUCUAGGUCUCAUUUUCCCCAUCUGUAAAACAGGGUUUAGACUAGAUGUUCCCUGGUCUUCUGUAAUGUGCUGCUUGCUACCAUCCUUUCUCUCUCCUCUUCUCUGUAUUUUUCUUGUUUUCCCUGGGAAUGCUCAGGGUCACUGGAAUGUAUUUAUGUGUGAUUGUACCAAGGGAAUUAGCCUCAUGUAGCAUGUACAGGGAUGUAAUUCAUACAUAUCAUAGUGACCCAGCAAAAAGUUCCUGCCCACUGACUUGUUCUGCAUGUGUAGAGUCUCCUUUUUAUCUUCAGAUCAACCCACUCCUCCUUUUGCUUACCCCAUGUAAGUUGCCAGCAAUUCCACCAAACAGUGGGGUACAUGAUGGUUUUGGCAUGACCUCUUCUAGUGUGACAGGGCACUCUGAGUUCAGUUUAAGGAUAUGAAGCCUAUAGCUAUUUGGAAGGUAAAAAUAGUGGUGUGAUCACUGAACCAAAGGAAUUUAUGUUUUGUAAUUUAGGUACUUUAUUUUGCAUUUUGUUAAAUAUUAAAAGACUUUUUUCCUCUU